GGUUACAGGGUCCUGGGAGCCCCCACCCACAUUCUGCAGCCCCACACCGAUGGACCCACAGUCUCUCCACAGCAGCCUGGGUACGACCCCUGAAAGGCCCACGGCACCCUGGGAGCCCCACUCCCUGCACGUCCAGGCCCGGGGAGGUGGGGUGGGUAGCGGUACAACACAAUGAUGUAGGGAUAAAUAUUAAGCCGUGACAUUGACGUGCCCGGCACCUCCCCUCCCCCGCGCUCCCGGCACACUCUGGGCUGAUCGGCACGCCCCCUCCCGUCCACUGCGUCCCGCGCCGCUCACUCAUCCCCGAGGGGCCCCUGCAACCUCUCCGCGCGAAGACGGCUCCAGCUCUGCAGGGAAAGAAAAGUAACUUCGCUUUUCUCGGAGGAACCAGGAAGGAUUAAGCAGCCUGGGAGAGGGCAGGAGCGCACAGAGGGUGGAAUGAUUGUGGACUGAGACGCGCUGGGGCAUAGGCUAUGUAAUCGCCUCGGUGUCUGUGCAGAGGACUGCGCUUCGGGGAGGGAAGAGGAGGGAUCGGCUCGCUCCUUGGCGACUCGGCAGGCGGAGUUUCGCGGCGGCACCGGGGUUGCGCCCGCCCGCGGGGAGGUCGCUCCAUCCAGCCCCAGCAGCCGCGAGAGCCGGAGCGCGGGAGAGCGGUAGUCGGCGGGGGCGAGGGAGAGCGAGACCGAGCUCCGGGGCGUGAGGGAGCGGGCCGGGAAGUCCGGGAGGAGGCGAGCGGCGGCCGAGAGCGAGCCGAGCGCGCCCCCCGCCCGUCCCAGCGGCGCCGCGCCGGGCGGCGUCCAGACGGCAUGGAGAAGGACGGCCUGAGCCGCGCGGACCAGCAGUACGAGUGCGUGGCGGAGAUCGGGGAGGGCGCCUAUGGAAAGGUGUUCAAGGCCCGGGACCUGAAGAACGGAGGCCGGUUCGUGGCGCUGAAGCGCGUGCGGGUGCAGACAGGCGAGGAGGGCAUGCCGCUCUCCACCAUCCGCGAGGUGGCGGUGCUGAGGCACCUGGAGACCUUCGAGCACCCCAACGUGGUCAGGUUGUUUGAUGUAUGCACAGUGUCACGAACAGACAGAGAAACCAAACUAACAUUAGUGUUUGAACAUGUUGAUCAAGACCUGACCACUUAUUUGGAUAAAGUCCCGGAGCCUGGAGUGCCCACUGAAACCAUAAAGGAUAUGAUGUUUCAGCUUCUCCGAGGUCUGGACUUUCUUCAUUCUCACCGAGUAGUGCAUCGUGAUCUAAAACCGCAGAACAUUCUGGUGACCAGCAGCGGACAAAUAAAACUGGCUGACUUUGGCCUUGCCCGCAUCUACAGUUUUCAGAUGGCUCUUACCUCAGUGGUCGUCACGCUGUGGUACAGAGCUCCAGAAGUCUUGCUUCAGUCCAGCUACGCCACCCCCGUGGACCUCUGGAGUGUUGGCUGCAUAUUUGCAGAAAUGUUUCGUAGAAAGCCUCUUUUUCGUGGAAGUUCAGACGUUGAUCAACUUGGAAAAAUCUUGGAUGUAAUUGGACUCCCAGGAGAAGAAGACUGGCCCAGAGAUGUCGCCCUUCCCAGACAGGCUUUUCACUCAAAAUCUCCUCAACCAAUUGAGAAGUUCGUAACAGAUAUUGAUGAACAAGGCAAAGACCUACUCCUGAAGUGCCUAACCUUUAAUCCGGCCAAAAGAAUAUCUGCCUACAGUGCCCUGUCUCACCCCUACUUCCAUGAUCUGGAGAGGUGCAAGGAGAAUCUGGAUUCCCGUCUGCCUCCCAGCCAGAACAGCUCAGAGAUGAAUACAGCCUGAGGUCCCGACAGCCAUCUGGAGCUGAUCACCG